AUGAUUCCACCAGAUUCUCACACCCAGACCCAGACCCAAUCCCAUCAACCAUUUGUUCAUCAGCCACCUUGUCAACCACAGCAGCAACAACAACAGCAACAAGUUUCAAUACAAUUGCCUAUACACAAGUCAUUUCCUUCACAAUUAAUUCACUAUAACUCCUUACCUUAUACUUUCACGGUGUCAGGACAACAGCAAUUUUACUUUCCGUUACAACGCGAAUUAUCCAGUGCUGCAAAUAUCAGCACUAACAAAUCCACAUCGGCUCAAUUGACAUCGUAUUCGCCAAUCUCACCGGAUCACACACCACCUAACGUAUCGGAUCCUCAAUUUUAUUCUCCUUCGUCUCUGUGUGUGUUAUCGUCGUCUCCGUCGUACCUGACACAGCCUACAAUCCUUGAUACAAAUACACAAAAGAUGUCUUAUCAAUUUCCUAUUACCAUACUGAUGAAUUAUGGUAAUCAUUUGCCACAACAACAAUUUCAACAACAACUGUCUCCCCAUCCUCAACAACAACAACAACAAUCACAACUAUCACCUCGCGAAUCAAAGAUGAAAGCAAAUAAAGUCGCCAAGAUCAAUCGUAGAAAAUCAAGAAACACCGAGAAUUUGGUUUCAAAAUUUCCAACUAAACUAAAAUCUAAAAAGACUAAGCGUAAUCAUAAUUUGAUACCAAAUAAUAGCAUCUACUAUCCAAUCUAUCGCCCAUCUGCAAAUGAUGGCUUAUCCUUUUAUGAUACCGAAUUUCUCAACAAGUUUAUUUAUCCAAAGAUUGAGAUUAAAAAAUAUUCCACUUCGGCACUUGAUCCACAACGCAGUUAUAUAACUGCAUACGAAUACCCGAUUAAUAAUCAUUGGGUCAUUUGGGAUUAUGAAACCGGUUGGGUCCAUCUAACAGGAAUAUGGAAGGCAUCCUUAAAUGUGGAAGAAGCAAAUGUUUCCCCCUCCCAUAUGAAGGCUGACAUUGUUAAAUUAUUAGAAUCAACUCCGAAAGAAUACCAACAUUAUAUCAAAAGAAUAAGAGGAGGAUUUUUGAAAAUUCAAGGAACUUGGUUACCUUAUAAAUUGUGUAAGAUUCUUGCUCGAAGAUUUUGUUAUCAUAUAAGGUAUUCAUUGAUUCCACUUUUUGGUGCAGAUUUUCCUAACUCGUGUUUGAAACCUAAUGCAAGAGGGUUUGGUGAAUUGAAGUUGGAUGAUUUACACAAUUUUGGAGAAAGUGCUUUACCAUUGCCAAUACCACCCCCUCCUACUUCCCAUCAACAACAAUCAAUUCCACAUACUAACAGUGGAAAUUCCAAUUAUGUUGCGAAGUCAAAUCAACUUGAGCCUCCUGCUCCUAUUACCAACGCCAAGGCUCUCCCGCCAGUGGGUGUGUUAUUACCAGGUCAACAAAGUCAACAAACUUCUCCACUUAUGCAAUAUAAUAGUAGUUCGUUCCCAUUCAAUUGUAACGUCACAACCACAAGUGAUGGAAAUUACAAUGCACCAAUAACUCCGCCAAAGCGCCAUUAUUCAAGUUCAAGCAGUAUCAGUAGUAUCUCAUCAUCUGUAUUCUCAGGUGAGAGAAUAACUCCAAUUUCUAAUGGAUAUCUGACAUCAGAGAUUCCAUCUUUUAAUGAAAUGAUUGAUAUUGUAAAUGCAUCAAAGUGUUUGCAAACUCUAAGUAAAGACAGUUCUAGUCCUCGUAAUAUGAAGAAUGAAAACAAAGUAUAUGGUUCAGAAAAUGGUGGCAUUUCUGCUAUUUUGUUAGCUGCUGGAUUGAGUGGUGUUUCAAAUAACCACAGGGAAGCUGUUUCUAGGUCAUCUCCAAGAGAUAGCAAUGUGAAAGCAGGCAUGACAAUUAAUGAUUUAUUAACGUGA